GCCGGCGUCACGUGCUCCGUACUCUUCCUUGCACGAUAUGCACCGCAUGGUCUCGGUGUCGGUCUCGCUCUCCGUCUCGGACUCGGAUCGGACCGCCUGGUGGCACCGGUGCCUUCGCAUUUUGGUUUUAGCUUGUGGCCCUCUAGGAAGAAAAGGUUUUGUUCUGUUUUGGGAAUUCUGAAGAUGGUUGUUGAGGAGGGGACAAGCAAUGGUGAAGGAGCAGAGUGUGGAAAGGUGGUUCAGUGCUUCAAGAGUGAACCAGUGAAUAAUGGGUUUGGAUUUGAAUUUGUGAAUGAUUCUGGUGAUGGGAGUUCAGGGGCAAGUGAGAAUUUUCGAACAUAUAAGAGGCGGAGACAGUUAAGGUCAAGUUCAAAGGUCAAAGUGCAGGUUGAUGGAAGGGCUUCCACAGACCAGGUCCCUCUUCCUGAGAUAGAUCAUUGUGCUUCUUUGAAUGCUUCAAAUGAUCGUAUACAGAGGCAGUGGAGAAAUGUUGUAUUGGAGCACAUGCAUCAGUUAUUAAGUGGUGAUGAAGGUGGUAUACAGCGUUGCAUUCGAGAUGCACUUUUAUUUCAUCCAGAAAAUGGUUGUAAUGUGACAGUUAAGGAACCUGACACUUCUCACGAAGAUAGACUGAAAUGCUCUUUGCAAGCAGGGCGAAUUCCUAAUGGAAGUAAGCAUACAGCUGAGGGGCUGGAGGGUGUGAUAUCUAAUGGGUCUUUAAAAGAAAAUCCUCAAACUACCACUGAGAUGUGCCAGCGUGUUUUCUUUGAUGUCAUAAUUUCUGAAAAGUUCACAUCUUUGUGUAAGCUACUAUUUGACAAUUUCCAAGGGAUCAAGGUUGACAGCCUUUUUCACUUAAGUGUCAUAAAUUCGAGGAUGAAAAAUGGAGUUUAUGAGCGAUCGCCUAUGCUUUUCUCAUCAGAUAUUCAGCAGGUAUGGAGAAAACUUCAAGACAUAGGAACUGAAAUUGUAUCCCUUGCAAAGAGCCUCUCAAACAUAUCAAGCAGUUCCUAUAGUGAACAAUUCUGUACUCGGGAACCAGUGUCUCUUGCUAAACUGGAGCAAACUGAAGCUUGUGGUGUGUAUAAAGUUUGCACUUGCAGGCAUUGUGGGGAGAAGGCAGAUGGGAAGGAUUGUUUGGUUUGUGAUUCAUGUGAGGAAAUGUACCAUGUUGCCUGUAUUGAGCCUGCUGUGAAGGAGAUUCCUCCAAGAAGUUGGUAUUGUACCAGCUGUACUGCUAAUGGAAUGGGAUCUCCACAUGAGAACUGUGUGAUAUGUGAGAGAUUGAAUGCCUGCAGGACUCUUGUUACUGAUGAAAAUCAUAAUGCAAAUUGUAAAAUAUUUACUGAAUUGGAGGAACAUUCAAACUGUAGUGUCGAUAAUGGGCUUCAGUUAUCACCAGGGAACAGACACCCGUGUGUUUGUAAAAUUUGUGGAGGUGGUGUUGAAAAAGGUCAGAAGUUAAGGAGUUGUGAGCAUCCCUACUGCCCCAGUAAAUAUUAUCAUAUGAGGUGCCUGACAAUGAAGCAGUUAAAAUCAUAUUGUUCCCACUGGUACUGCCCUUCUUGUCUGUGUAGAAAUUGCCUCAUUGACAAAGAUGAUGAUAAGAUUGUUUUAUGUGAUGGCUGUGAUGCUGCUUACCACAUUUAUUGCAUGAAACCACCACGAACUUCAAUUCCAAGAGGGAAGUGGUUUUGCAGAAAAUGUGAUGCCGGGAUCCAGCGAAUACGCAGAGCUAAAAGAGCAUAUCAGAAUAUGGAAAAUAAGCUGAAAAUGAAAGGCAUAGGAGGCAAAAUGGCAUAUGAUAAUCUGGGAAUGAGUAUGAAUCAAAAACACGGAGAGGAGUCAGAUAAAAGUAGAGGUGGAGUGGACAUGCUUCUAACUGCAGCUAAUACUCUAAGUUUCGAGGAGAAGUUGGCUGCCAUACAGAUGAAGAGUUAGAAAGAGCCUUGCGUUUGGAGGACAUGAGGAGAUUCAAAUUUCAUGGUAAAUGCAUUUGAUUUUGUAUGGGUAACUCAAGAGUAACAACUUAUUUUCACUUCAUUUUUUCGGCUGGGAAACAAGAUAUAUUUUGGUAGGUUGUAAACUUCAUUAGGUUUUGUUGGCAUUUGGAUACAGAGAUCUGAGCAAGACAUGAUUCUGAAGGCUGUAUAUUUUUGGUUUGGCACUGCCAAAUUCUUGAUGUGUAGUACUUUGGUCCCUGCUUGAUGAAGGGGAUGGGGGAAUCAUCCACUAACAGGGGGAGUGUGAAGUAAUGUUAGUUUGUACUAUUGAGAAUACAUAGUUCAGACUUUAGGGGAGGUUAUCAGAGGCAAUUGUUUCUCACCAAUGUUGUAUAAUGUGGAGAAAGCUCUGACCAAACAAACCUGUUUUUAACCAUGAAAAGUCAAGGAUAACUUUCCUUUUUGCUUGUGCUUUUUGAUGCAUCAUUGUUCCUUCCUCACUAGGGAAGUUUGCUGGCUGGCUCUCAUAUACCUCCCAUUGAAACAGGUUCUGGAUUUGUAAUCUAUAUAAUUCCUCCAUGCUUGUUGGCUUCUCACACAGUAAAUAUAUAAUACUUGCGUAUAGAGCUUUAUAUUUUCUGGUCA